CUGGGAAGGGGUUGCCGCUGCCCCUGUGGGCUGCAGAGCAGGAGACCAAGGAAGGGAUGGAGGAGGGUGUCAUGUAUGCCGACCUGCGCUUUCCUGCCACACCAGCUCCUCAGCAGCGAGUACGCCUGCCCUGGUGCUGGGCAGCCCUCAGUCUGGGUCUCCUCUCCCUGACGCUCCUGUUGGCACAAAUCAUCCUGGUCAGCCUGAGUUUCCACUAUUUAGUGCAACAACAGACGAGCAGUGCACAUGGUCUCUGGAGUACAGAGGAGAGCCCCAGCUACGGGAAAGAGACACUGGAAGGGCAAUGCCAGUUUUGCCCACUUGGCUGGCUCUGGGAUGCAGGGCAGUGCUACUACUUCUCCUCUGCCAAAAAGAGCUGGGAGCAGAGCAGAGAGGAUUGCUGCUCCAGAGGGGCACAGCUGGUCACCAUCCAAGCCAACACCACUCUGGCUUUCCUGGUGCGCACAGCUAACACGGAUGCCUUUCAUGUGGGGCUGAAGAAGGAUGGCUUCAGGUCUGACUGGAAGUGGCUAGAUGGCACAACACCAGAAGGGAUCUUCCCAACCCAGCGCUACACCAGGUCUUUCCAGGCCUGUGGCAGGGUGUCAGGCUUGGGACUUUUAGGUGGCGCCUGCACAGAAGCCCUCAGAUGGAUCUGCAAGCAGAGUGCAGCGUCUCUACAGUGGCUCCAGUCCUCACCUCCUGCCUUCCUCUGGGGGAACACCACCUACAGCUGUGUGAGGCCCUGAUGGCUGUGGUGACCCCCAGCCUGUGCCACCACCCUUGUUCCCUGCCUGACCCCAGUCCAUCGGCAUUCUCAGGCUCUUCUGCCUCCUGGCCCAGACCUCUUUACCCUCCAAAACUCUGUACUUUGCCAAUAAAUUCUCCCAACAAUUGCA